ACCUUUCCUUGGAUUCCAACGUAAAGAGGCACACCAGACGUAGCUCGAGCUACGAGCCACGAUGAGGAUGAGCUUCGCAUUCAACCCCUUCAGACACUCCCUAUUUUCUUCUCUCUCACUCAAUGCUCAUCAUCUUCAUUUAAUCUCUGUCUGCUUAUUCCUGAUUUGAUUCAUUAUGAUCAUACACAUGGCUGCAGCCGCCGCCGCGUCUGAAACCAUUUCGUUCAAUCAAUCCGCUUUCAUCACUCCCUCCUUCAUCAUCCGUCCGCGUUCAUUAUUCCACAAAUUAUCCGCAGAGAAGCUUGCCUGCUGCUCCUGCUCUAGCUCUAAUGAAAGGAGCCCCCUUCCUUUGAUUUCUGUUCAAAUUAGCUCUCCUGCGAAUACCAACACCCCAGCAUCGAAUCCGAGGGCAAUCGAUUUUGAUGAGCUUUUGGUGAGGAGAGGGUUGGCUGCGGCCGCAAUUACUGCGGUUGUAGUAUUAGGUUGUCGGAGAGCGUUGGCUGCGGAGGGUGUUGUUGUGGCUUUGGGAUAUGGAGUUUGGGAACGUAGUUUGUCGUCGAUAAGGAGUUCAUGGCCUAAGGUUUUACAGAUUUUGAUGGUUUUCAAGUAGCAGGGAUUGAUUCUGGCGGCGCUGUUGGGCCUCUCAGCAUUUUUCUCCAUGGCUGAGACCUCCAUUACUACACUUUGGCCAUGGAAGGUACGGGAAUUGGCUGAGAAAGAGUCGGAGAAUGGUGUAUUCAAAAUGCUACGGAAUGAUGUUACUCGAUUCCUGACGACAAUCCUCAUUGGCACCACAGUGGUCAAUAUUGGUGCUACAGCACUAGUAACUGAGGCUGCAACUGCAAUAUUUGGUGAAGCUGGUGUCAGUGCAGCUACUGGGGUGAUGACGGUUGCUAUCCUCCUCCUCACAGAAAUUACUCCAAAAAGCAUUGCUGUUCACAAUGCCACUGAGGUAGCUAGGAUUGUGGUAAGGCCAGUGGCAUGGCUGUCCCUCGUAUUGUAUCCAGUGGGAAGAGUUGUGACGUAUCUCUCAAUGGGAAUGCUAAAAUUGCUAGGCUUAAAAGGAAAAAGCGAACCAUAUGUAACUGAAGAUGAACUAAAAUUGAUGCUACGUGGAGCAGAAUUAAGUGGCGCAAUUGAGGAAGAAGAACAGGAUAUGAUUGAAAAUGUGUUGGAAAUAAAAGAUACCCAUGUGAGGGAGGUGAUGACGCCUCUCGUUGAUGUUGUUGCCAUCGAUGCUGGUGCGACACUUGUAGAUUUCCACAAGCAAUGGGUAGAUCAUCACUAUUCUAGGGUGCCUGUCUUUGAGGAGCGAAUUGACAACAUUGCUGGUAUUGCCUAUGCAAUGGAUCUCCUUGAUUGCAUACAGAAGGGGGAACUGCUAGAAACUUCUAAAGUCGGAGUUAUGGCCCACAAACCUGCAUACUUUGUUCCUGAUUCAAUGUCUGUGUGGAAUCUUCUUAGAGAGUUCCGCAUCAGGAAGGUGCACAUGGCUGUUGUUCUAAAUGAAUAUGGUGGAACUGUUGGUAUAGUGACCCAUGAAGACGUAGUUGAAGAAAUUGUUGGUGAGAUUUUUGAUGAAAAUGACUCAAAGGAGGAAAUCCAGAAAAAGACUGGCUAUGUUGUCAUGCGUGCUGAAGGCAUAUAUGAUGUGGAUGCCAAUACAUCAAUAGAUCAGCUCUCUGAAGAUCUUAACAUUAAAAUGCCAGAGGGUCAUCAAUAUGAAACAGUUUCAGGUUUUGUCUGUGAGGCAUUCGGAUAUAUCCCGAGAACAGGUGAGAUGAUAAAAGUAGUCCUUGAGAGAGAAAAUCAAGAGGACCAUGUUAACUAUGAUGAGCCUGAAUCCGACCGGCAAGAAGAAAAUGAGAAAACUCAAAUAUUUAAGCUUGAGAUACUAGCAGGUAAUGCUAGAAAAGUAAGUGCUGUUCGUUUUGAACGAAUAAACAGUGAAGAGGUGUCAGUAGAGAACAGAGGGGUAACUCGUUUAAUACCCAAAUUUUGGAGGAGAAGAUCUACUAUGAGUGAUGAUGAAUCAGAUAGGAAAGGUGAACAUGAGGUCCCAGGUCAUGAUAUGUCAAAUGAUUGUGUAGUGACGGUACAGGGUUACAAUGCUAAUCAAGUAAGUAAAAAGUAGUAGUUGUCUUCAUGGAAAAAAAACGGGAGAUAACAGGCCAUUAGUUGCAGUCCUUAUUCUUUCCACCAACAGGGACAAGUGGAGAGAAGUUUUGAAUUAUUAUUAGUCCAGUUUUAGUGUAUGGUUUUAAUCACAGCUCAACUAUUAAAAGCCAAGGAAGUGCUUGAAUAUGGAUUGUCACAUUUGGAUUCCAGAAGAAUGAAGGGUUCCAUGUUUGUGGGAGUUAUGUUGGAUAAACGGAUAGCUCCUAUACCAGAGAAACAGACGGCCCUUUACCUCUUGAGUAGCUAUAUGGUCAUGAGUUAUAUUCAGGGAUUUUCCGUGGUUGUAUAUCCAAGAAAUGCAAUAAUUUUUCCCUCUCCUAAAUGUCAUUAGUGCAGCUGAUGUAGGUUCGAUACAGGUUCAUGGUUUGGUAAUUCUGCGAGAAUCUUUGUUUAAAUUAUUUGGGAAAUUGAAGGUGAAAAGUUUGUUCGCAGUCUCUCAAUCUCUCAACCAUGAAAUUGAAGGUGAAAAGUUUGUUCCCAGUCUCUCAAUCUCUCAACCAUUCGUGACUGAUGUGGGAUAAAUAGGAACGGCCCAAGGCCUAGAUGUGUCGUAAUUAUUUUUUCUGAACGAAUUGGCGGAAUGUAGUGGUUACAGCGUGUCUGCCUUGUAACCCUGGUUUUGAAUAUGGAGAGAACUUUCAUUCGUAAAUGACUACUCAAGGUUUACUUGAAGAUUGAUUGUAUAGUGAAGGGCUUCCUGUGCUAUGUGAUGAUAUUUUAAUAACAUGUAAUGUGAAGUACUGAGAGCAUCUCAAAGGUAAAUGGAUAGGUAAAGUUGGAGAACUACUA